AUGCAAUAAAGAAUUACUCCUAGAUAUUUCAUUAAUAAGACCAUAUCAAAUAUUAAUAACCCUGAAAAACAAUAUUAAUUCAGAAAGGUAAUUGGAGAGGGAUAUGAAGGAUAUGUUUUUGAAGCUGUCUAAAUAUAUUAAAUGAAAAUUGAGAAAUUAGUUGCUCUUAAAUUGCUUUUUAGAAAAAGUUAGAAUUAAAUUGAUAUAAUAAAUAAACUAAUAGAUAAAUAAACUUAUAAUCGUAUAAUAAGAUUUUUUGAUCAUUUUGAAUAUGAAUAAUACUAUAUAAUUGUAAUGGAAUUAGGUACGUUAGAUCUUUAUAGAUAUAUUCAAUAAUAAUAAAACUUUUUGGAUUCAGAAAAGAUUAACCUUUGUAAAAAGGUAAUUCUGUUUGCAAUUUAAAGAUUAGUUACUGUGUUUAAGAAUUUCAUUCGCUUGGUUUGAUUCAUUGUGACAUCAAACCUGAAAACUUUUUAUUAAUUGAUAAUAUAUUCAAAUUAUGUGAUAUGGGAUUUGUGAGAACUUAAAAUUAAGAAAUAAUAUAGAAUAUUGGAACUCCUGCUUUUUAGGCAAUUGAAAUGAUUUAAGAUAAAGUAAUAAUAAAUAAUAAAGUGGAUAUUUGGUCUUUAGGUUGUGUAUUUUAUGAAAUCUUUAAAAAAGAAUAAUUAUUUGAAGGUAUUUAUUAUCUAAUUAAGUUUUGAAGGAGAGAAAAUAAAAGAUCAAAUAAUGAAUUAUGGAAUGGAUUAAACAUAAAUAUUAAAGAAAAUAGAAAAUAUUUCAAUAGAUAAAUCUGUAAUAAAUUUAAUGAAAUAAAUGAUUAAUCCAUGUUAAAGUGUACGUCCAAGUAUAGAUUAAAUAAUAAAAUAACUUGAAGAAUUAGGUGAAUAAAAUAAAAUAAAAGAAAUAAAAUAGAUAGAUUGGAUAGAUUGA